AUGUCACCAUAUCGACUGGUUUUCGGGAAAGCAUGCCACUUACCUCUUGAGAUAGAGUAUCACGCUUACCGGGCAAUGAAGAAAUUGAAUUUGGAUUUGAAGGCUACGGGUGAAAAACGUCUCCUACAACUUAAUGAGCUAGAUGAGCUCAGAAUGGAAGCCUACGAGAAUUCAAGAAUCUACAAAGAGUGCACCAAGAAAUGGCAUGACAUGCACAUUCAGAGGCGAAAACUGCGAUCGAGGUGGUCUGGUCCGUAUACUAUUACAGAAGUUUUUCCACACGGGGUAGUUGAGAUCACUCACGAUAGUAAGGGGACAUUCAAGGUUAAUGGACAGCAUCUGAAGUACUAUUGGAGCGGCGAUUUUUCAAAAGAAAAGUCUACCGUUCAUCUUAAACCACCAGAAUGA